CCGAUGCGGAAGUGGUCGUCAUCGUAAAAGCUGUGAGUUGGAGGGUUUGUGAAAUGUGAGAAAACGGCUUUAGCUGUGAGAAACGAACAACGGCUUCAGUUGUUAGAUGAAAAAAGCCAUCUCCGACGAAUAUCGUUUAGCAGCUGAAAAUGUCGUGGAUAAAAGAAGGCGAAUUGAAUCUGCUGGAAAAGAUUGCUGCAAAUGUCCUAAAGGCAGGACCCAUGCCGAAACAUGUGGCCUUCAUCAUGGAUGGGAAUCGAAGGUUUGCACGUAAGAAACACAUAGAACGCCAGGAAGGACAUAUGCAGGGUUUCAACAAGCUGGCAGAGACACUACGUUGGUGCAAGCAGCUUAACAUCCCAGAGGUGACGGUGUAUGCCUUCAGCAUUGAGAACUUCAAGCGCACUAAACACGAGGUGGAUGGGCUGAUGGAUCUGGCCAAACAGAAGUUUGAGCGACUCCUGGAAGAACGGGACAAUCUGGAAAAACAUGGUGUUUGUGUCCGAGUGUUGGGAGACCUGAACAUGCUGCCACUAGAUCUUCAACAGCUCAUCGCCAAAGCUGUGCUGACAACUAGGACUAACAAUAAAUGUUUUCUCAAUGUGUGCUUUGCCUACACCUCAAGAUAUGAAAUCACAAAUGCAGUGAGGGAAAUGGCUUGGGGAGUAGAGGAAGGCCUGAUAAAAGCAAGCGAUGUUUCAGAGGCGUUGCUAAGCGAGUGCCUCUACAGCAAUAAUUCUCCCAAUCCGGACCUGCUCAUCCGGACCUCGGGAGAGAUUCGCCUCAGUGACUUCCUUCUUUGGCAGACGUCCCACUCCUGUCUAGUGUUUCAGUCGGUUUUAUGGCCAGAGUACUCAUUCUGGAACCUGUGUGAAGCCAUUCUCCAGUAUCAGUUGAGUCACAAAUCCAUCCAGAAAGCCCGCGACCUCCAUCGAGAGGAGCAGGCCCUACAGCAGCUAGAAGCGGAUCGAGCCUGUGUAGCGGAACACCUGCAGCAUCAGGGGAAUGGAAAGCCUGUCGAUGCCCAGAGACGACAGGAGGCACUGCAGCUCUACGCCACUUCCCGGGAAGCACGAGUUGGACAUUUCCUACAAGCACUGAAGGACAAAAGAAACUCUUUCUUUUCAGACUUGUCCAGCGAAGCCGUCUUAACCUAGGAAAGCUUAAAAGAACAAAUCUACUGAAGUAGGGGCAAAAUCAUGUCUGCCCUCUUCCCAAAAGGGCUUCUGUGGAAAAAGGGAAGAGUAAACGACAAAUAACAGUGGUUUUGUUGGGGAUUUGUAUAAAAUAAGUGGGCAAUUUGACCCCUAUGGGGCUGUAGAAUAAUUGUGAUAUUUAUGAUUGUAGAUUUACAAAGUAUAAUGUGUGGAAAUGUCUGGUCAAGAUGUAGUUAGAUAGUUGUCAAAGACGUCUGUCAAAUGCAUGCCUUUGAUUGAAUGGUUAAAAUCUGUGAGUGAAAGCUGAUGUCUGGUGUUUUGUAAAUGCUCCCAACAAAGAUAUUCAAGGAACUCGGAACGGUUUGGUAUUUUUGAUGACUAAAUGUUAUCUGUUAAAUGUAAAUUUAAAAAACAUAACUAUAUUUUGACCAGCUUUCUUAAGCAGAAUAAAGUCAGAAGUGUAUAUUAGCUAUGGCUAAAUGAUGUAUAAUUUGCUUUUAUUUUUGUUUUUCUCUGCAUAAGUUUUUACAUUGUUCAUGCUGCUGUUAAUGUUAUAACUUGACAACUUUCAACUCCUACAAAUGGUGCAAAAUGAUACAUUGUUCAAAUUCUGAAAAAUACACUUACUAUUUCCUCAGUUUUAGGAAAAGCUGAGGGCUUAAAACGAGUAUCUGCCUGUUUCUCAGUAAAAUAAUAAAACUGAUGAAACAAAAACACUGCAAAUUAGCAUUCAGUUUGAUGAAGACAUUUCUGGGUGGGGCUU